GCCACCGGGAGCAGCAGCCCUGGUCUCCUGCGCCUUCUCCAGCGGACUUUUCCUUUGUUGUUUGUACGUCAGGGUCUGUUUAUGGUCUCAUUUUCACGUUAUUUGUUCAGCUGCGGAAAGAUAACCAACUAACUUGAUGUGGUAGCUCUGCUAAUCGAUUUAAUCACCAACUAAAUUGAAGAAGAAAAUUACCCCUCUCUCGUUUAUCAUUUUGAUUAUAGACCAAGAAAACGACUCUGCCCUAAAACUUACAGCCUUGGCAAGUGCAGCUCUGAAUUCAGAAGGAACAGAGAAACCCUGUAAUUCUCAGGUUUCUUAGAUGAAGAUAAGCCUUCACUUCCUGUUGCUAUUCCAUCAGAACCAAACAUUUGAAUUCUACUUUCAACUUCCCUCUUCUCUCGCUCUUCAAUUUAAUUGAAAGGACUACUGGACCUUGGAACAGGCAUCCAUGGAGUGCUAAUGAAAUCUUUGCAAACUACCCCUGGUGGAACUUUGAAGAUCUAUAGAAAUUUUUUCAGGGGUUACAAUCCUGAACCAGAAGUUAAGGCAAUUUGGUUUUGAUGCUGUGCCAGACAUCUUCCGACAAUGAGUUACUGGAACUUGGAGAAGAGGAGCUGUGUGCAGUACCGCAGGCAUUUUCUGGUGGACAACAGCGUGUUUCAUGUUGAAAGAUGCAUGAGUGUAAUGCAGUCGGGGACACAGAUGAUCAAGCUGAAGCGUGGGACCAAAGGGCUCGUCCGGCUGUUUUACCUAGACGAGCACCGGACCCGCCUCCGAUGGAGACCCUCCAGAAAAAGCGAGAAGGCAAAAAUACUCAUUGACUCCAUUUACAAAGUCACCGAGGGUCGGCAGUCUGAAAUAUUCCACAGACAAGCUGAGGGGAACUUUGACCCCAGCUGUUGCUUCACCAUCUACCAUGGAAAUCACAUGGAGUCCCUGGACCUCAUCACCUCCAACCCAGAGGAGGCCCGCACCUGGAUCACAGGCCUCAAGUACCUCAUGGCUGGCAUCAGUGAUGAAGACUCCCUUGCAAAACGGCAGAGGACCCAUGACCAAUGGGUGAAGCAGACCUUUGAAGAAGCUGAUAAAAAUGGCGAUGGCUUAUUGAAUAUUGAAGAGAUACACCAGUUGAUGCAUAAACUAAAUGUCAAUCUGCCCCGAAGAAAAGUCAGACAAAUGUUUCAGGAAGCAGAUACAGAUGAGAAUCAGGGAACUUUGACAUUUGAAGAGUUCUGUGUUUUUUAUAAAAUGAUGUCAUUGAGACGGGACCUUUAUUUGUUGCUUUUGAGCUACAGUGACAAGAAAGAUCACCUAACUGUGGAAGAACUGGCUCAAUUUUUGAAGGUGGAACAAAAGAUGAAUAACGUGACCACAGACUAUUGUCUUGACAUUAUAAGGAAAUUUGAAGUUUCAGAAGAAAAUAAGGCGAAAAAUGUUCUUGGCAUAGAAGGCUUCACGAACUUCAUGCGCAGUCCAGCAUGUGACAUAUUUAACCCACUGCACCAUGAAGUGUACCAGGACAUGGACCAGCCCCUGUGCAACUACUACAUUGCGUCCUCCCACAACACGUACCUGACUGGGGACCAGCUCCUUUCUCAGUCCAAAGUGGACAUGUAUGCACGGGUGCUGCAAGAGGGCUGUCGCUGUGUGGAAGUUGACUGCUGGGAUGGCCCAGAUGGAGAGCCGGUAGUACACCAUGGCUACACUCUCACUUCCAAGAUUCUCUUCAGAGACGUUGUGGAGACCAUCAACAAGCACGCCUUUGUGAAGAACGAGUACCCGGUUAUCCUGUCCAUUGAGAAUCACUGCAGCGUCCAGCAGCAGAGGAAGAUUGCAAAGUACCUGAAAGGAAUAUUCCAAGACAAGCUGGAUCUGUCAGCUGUAGACACAGGAGACACCAAGCAGCUCCCAAGCCCUCAGAGCUUGAAAGGCAAAAUCCUAGUGAAGGGCAAGAAGUUGCCUUAUCACCUUGGGGAUGAUGCAGAGGAAGGGGAAGUUUCUGAUGAAGACAGUGCAGAUGAAAUUGAAGAUGAGUGCAAGUUCAAACUCCAUUAUAAUAAUGGGACCACUGAGCAUCAGGUGGAAUCUUUCAUAAGGAAAAAACUGGAGUCACUGUUAAAAGAAUCUCAGAUUCGAGACAAAGAAGAUCCUGAUAGUUUCACAGUGAGGGCGCUAUUGAAGGCCACACAUGAGGGCUUAAAUGCACACCUGAAACAGCAUCCGGAUGUGAAGGAAAGUGUAAAGAAAUCACAUGGACGAUCCCUCAUGACCAACUUUGGAAAACAUAAGAAAACCACAAAAUCACGGUCUAAAUCUUACAGUACUGAUGAGGAGGAGGAGGUGCAGCAGAAUCAUGGCAAGGAGACCAGCCAGCUCUACAGGUUGGGUCGCAGAAGGAAAACCAUGAAGCUGUGCCGGGAGCUGUCUGACUUGGUUGUGUACACAAACUCCGUGGCAGCCCAGGAUGUUGUGGAUGAUGGAACCACAGGCAAUGUGUUAUCAUUCAGUGAGACCAGAGCACAUCAGGUGGUUCAGCAGAAAUCGGAACAGUUCAUGGUUUAUAACCAAAGGCAGCUCACGAGGAUUUACCCCUCCGCUUACCGCAUUGAUUCCAGUAACUUCAACCCCCUGCCCUACUGGAACGCAGGCUGCCAGCUGGUGGCGCUCAACUACCAGUCUGAAGGGCGAAUGAUGCAGUUAAAUCGAGCCAAAUUCAAGACAAAUGGCAAUUGUGGCUACGUCCUGAAACCCCAGCCGAUGUGCAAAGGUACUUUCAACCCUUUCUCUGGUGAUCCGCUUCCUGCCAACCCCAAAAAGCAGCUCAUCCUCAAAGUGAUCAGUGGACAACAGCUCCCCAAACCUCCAGAUUCCAUGUUUGGAGAUCGAGGCGAGAUCAUUGAUCCUUUUGUUGAAGUUGAAAUUAUUGGAUUGCCUGUAGAUUGUUGUAAAGAGCAAACCCGUGUGGUGGAUGACAAUGGAUUUAACCCUGUGUGGGAAGAAACCCUGACAUUUACAGUGCACAUGCCAGAAAUAGCUUUGGUUCGGUUCCUUGUGUGGGAUCACGAUCCUAUUGGACGAGACUUUGUUGGGCAACGAACGGUGACCUUUAGCAGCCUGGUGCCAGGCUACCGGCAUGUCUAUUUGGAAGGAUUGACAGAAGCAUCCAUAUUUGUCCACAUAACAAUCAAUGAAAUCUAUGGAAAGAACAGACAACUCCAAGGUCUGAAGGGACUGUUCAACAAGAAUCCCAGGCAUGGUUCCUCAGAGAGCAAUUCCCAUUAUAUUCGGAAACGGUCAAUUGGAGAUAAAAUUCUGAGACGCACUGCCAGUGCUCCAGCCAAAGGCAGAAAGAAGAGCAAAAUGGGCUUCCAGGAAAUGGUAGAGAUAAAGGAUUCAGUGUCAGAGGCCACAAGAGACCAAGAUGGGGUCCUGAGGAGGACCCCACGGAGUUUGCAAGCACGCCCUGUCUCUAUGCCUGUGGACAAAAGUCUUCUAGGGGCUUUGUCGCUGCCUAUAUCUGUAACAGAAAGAGACACUGAAGGCAAAGAAAACUCCCUGGCAGAAGAUAAGGAUGGCAGAAGAAAAGAGAAAGCAAGUAUAAAAGACCAACAUUUUCCAAAUUUCAGCAAAAAGUUAUUCUCUUCCUCAAGCGCGCUCCACCAUGAAGACACCAGCCAACAGGACUCUGCUACUUCUCUUGCCAGAAUGUCAGUCAUGGGAGAACAGUCAGGAGUGCCAGGUGCUAAGGGCGGGGGACCCAAAUCAAAUGUACCAAGUGAUUACCAGGAUAACCAGAGCCCCAACCAAUCCGUCCCACCAAGGCAGCAUUUGGCUCCUGAUUCUGCAGCUAACCCAACCCAAGACUUCUGUGGUAUGAAAGCCAAAGAAAAUGGGAAUACUGGAGGCUUUGUGGAGGAGAAAAGCACAUCGGGGAGCAUCCUUUCUCAAAGCAACCUGGAGAUCAAGAACUUAGGAGGAAAUUGGGGUAAGGGCAGAGCUGCAACAUCCUUCUCGCUGUCAGACGUCUCCGCGCUCUGUCCUGACGUGCCUGACUUGCAUUCUACUGCAAUUCUGCAGGAGAGUGACCUUUCCCAUCUAAUUGAUGAUGUCACUUUAACACAGGAGAAUGAGGUGGGUAGCUCCAUCUCAGCGUUGAUUGGCCAGUUUGAUGAGACAGGUGCUCAGGCUGAUCUCCCCGUUCUUUCUCCUCUCCCAAAGUCUGGAGUGCUACCACACCAUCCCUUGCCCACCAGGGACCUAGACCUACCCCUCAAGCAUAGUUUUCCCCAGAGAAAAACCACGGCAUCCCUGCUGUGUUUAUCUCCUAAGCGGACUGCUUUCUCAGGUCCCGAGAUCUUGGAACAAUCUACACAUACAGUUGUUCGAGAAACUGCCUGUACUACUGCCUCUAAAGUGAAACCAGAAGAUGAACAUUCUGGUAAGGCCAAGACGGGGGCUGUGGAAGAUAAGCUGCCUCCGAUUUCUCAUGCUCCUCACUGCUGGUCACCAAAAACUCCCACUAAUGGAAAAGACUGGGAAAGGCUGAGGAAGCACAGCCCUGCCACUUCCACCAACUUGACAAUGGAGGAUGUCAUAGCUGGUGCCACUCUCUGUUUAAAUUCUGGGGAAAGUAGCCUCGUGGAGAUGGAUGGAGAUUCAGAAAAUCUGUCCCUAACAACCUGUGAAUAUCGGAGAGAGGGCACCAGCCAUCUGGCUUCUCCCUUAAAACUGAAGUAUGCUCAGGAUGUGCUGGAACAUUAUCCAAGAGGUUUGAGAAAUGGCUACUGUAAAGAUACUCUCCACCCUUCUGUCCCUGAAAUGUUCAACAGUGUUGAAGAUGUCAAAAAUCAAAGUGUUUCUCCCCUAGCCUAUCAGGGUGCUGACUUUGUGCAUAAUCGUGUCUCAAACUCAGAUGCAAAAAUGAACCAGACCUGUGUGCCCCUGUCUAGUGCUAAAGACAUGCAUGUACCUGCACCCACACAGUCCCCAUGGUCCCCACGGCCGCCUCCACCUGCUCUGAAGCUACCCAGUCCUUGCAAAUCCAAAAGUCUGGGAGACUUAACUUCAGAGGACAUCGCUUGCAAUUUUGAAAGCAAGUACCAGUGUAUUAGUAAGAGUUUUGUUACACCUGGCAUUCGAGAGAAGGUGGCCAUGAGUGUAAAGACAGAUUCAUUGGAGCCUAUAGAUGCUCUCACGGAGCAGCUGCGGAAGCUUGUGUCCUUUGACCAGGAAGAGGGCUGCCCAAUGCUGUAUUCAAAGCAGGAUGCCAAUCAGCUCCCCAGGGCGCUUGUCAGAAAGUUGUCAUCCAGAAGUCAGAGCAGAGUGCGCAAUAUUGCCAGCCGUGCCAAGGAAAAGCAGGAAGCCAACAAGCAAAAAGGUGUGAACCCCAGCAAUAUAGGGGGAGUGGUUCUCCGGAGCAAGCCCAGCGCACCCCCACCCCUGGGCAUUCGGCACUCCACCGGCUCCUACAUCGCGGGCUACCUGGGCUCCAAAGGUGUGGAGGGCCGUGGCAUCCCCGAGGGCUGCGCCGCCCUGCGCUCCGGCCACUUGGACCAAUUCUGUUCCGAUAACUCGGUUUUGCAGACUGAGCCAUGUAGUGAUGAUAAACCAGAAAUUUAUUUUCUUUUGAGACUGUGAAUUACAUAAAAGCUGCAUUUUCAAUGUUUACAGGUAACCUGUAGAUUGUCAGUUUUCAGUAAUUAUGGCCCUUGGAUUUGAAAUGAUUUUAAAAUGUAUUUUUAAACUUGGAUUUUGGUCUCCCUUUGGUUCCACGUGUUUCUGCAUUUGUAUAUAGAUUCUGUGACAUUUCCCACCUACUAUCACCUUUCUCUCCUGAGUUGUAAACCUACUGGUAUGAAAUGUGUGCAUGCCCUAGAUGUGAAACUUCUAGCAGCUUGGGUUAUAAUGUAUGUGUUUUGCCAGGAUGCUCUUUACUCUGUCCUCAGAUUAUAGUCACAAAUGUAUUCAUUUCUACUCUCUGUUGAGCUAAUUAAGAGACUUUGCAAAUAACAAAGGGAUGAAUUUACUUUAAAGCCUUUAUCACCUUUCCUAGUUUGCCUUCUCUGUUGAGAAGCCCAGAUGCAUUUUUACAACUCCGUUAAAUGAAGAUUAAAGUACCUUACCUCUUAAGACUUUUCCAAUCCAUUCAGAAUGAGACUUCCAAGGAGAUUGGUAGUUGAUCCUUCUGCACCAUUAAUUUUAGAGUAGGCUGAGGUUGUAAGGAAUAAAACAAACUUCUGUAUAUAAGGACAAAAUUGUUUGUUUUAGAUACAUUUUGUUACAUAUUUUUGCUAAUGGCUUUGUAUGUAACAAGAACAGAGUUGCCAAGCUA